AUGCAGAGACGUACGAAACGACAGAGCUCAAACAUUUUUCAUAUGCUUGGGAAAAACCAAAUUGUAGAACUAAGAGAAACAUUUAAUAUUCUGGAUGAAAAUAGUGACGGUACAAUAACAAAAGAUGAUUUAGAAUCAUUUUUAAAUUCAAUAGGCACCCCAUUUAGUGAGAAAGAGAUUGAAGCAAUGAUGGCUGAGAUGGGAGAAGGAUUCUCUUUUAUGACUUUUAUUACAAUGAUAGGAGAGAGAUUAAGUGCAACUGAUAAUGAAGUAGAAAUUUACAAAGCAUUGAAAGAAUUUGAGAACGAAGCAGAUUUGAGAAAAGGGUUAACAGAAGGAGAUAAUAGUUUGUCUGAUAGCGAUGUAGACAUUCUUUUCAAAGGAUGUAUUGAAGAUGGCAAAUUGAACAUUAAACAUUUGGCGAAAAAGAUCAAAUAUGGUGAAGUGCUUAAUGAAUAA